AUUAGUGCAGAGUCUUGCAAGUAUCGUGGUGCAUUAUUUGGGACAUUCCGUCGUUCUAUAUUUGAACAUGUUUUUAAAAAGAAAGUUUCACCAACCGUUAACUCUGAAAGUUCUGAAGCUGAAAUAGCUUCUUGGAAGUCAAGUGAUGAAGUACAAUGGUGUCUUGAAAACUUGGACAUGGUGAUUGAAGAAGAAGACAAGACAUACCUUCAGAUGGUUGCCAAAAAAGUGUUUGGACGACAACCUACAACAAAUCAAUAUGCCGUCACACGCUCAAUUUUACACAACCUGUUCAACCCAGAAAUUACCAAGAUUAAAUUCGACGAAAAAUAUUUAACGCGGAAGUUACAAUAUUUCUUGCAUAAUAAUAAUGGUGACGAUGAUGAAACAGAUCAGGAAGAUUCGAGUACUUCCGAUA